AUGGUCAAUUACGGUGUCUCUCGCGCGUGUGAGACAUGCAAAAAGCGGCGUAAAAAGUGCGAUGAAACUCGUCCAGCCUGUCUUCGCUGUGUAAAGUCUCGCAGGCGGUGUCCUGGCUAUAGAGACGAUACCUCGUUGUUAUUUCGACACUAUCAGCCUCUAACACCGCCGUUAGAGCGAUGGCAUCCGAGCAAUGACUUCAUACUUGAAGCUACUGCGCUUGACAAUUUUCUUGAUAAUUUAGUGGUGCAAUCUCGUGAUCGGAGCUAUUCACGUGGCUUUCUCGAUGGGAUGCAUUAUCUCUUUGCUACCUCUGCUCCAACGUCGACUUUGAUGAGAGCUGCCAGAAUUGUUGUUCUCUCAUCACUCGCAAACCGCUAUAGACGAGACUCGUUGGGGAGCUUAGUUCGGAGACAAUAUGGACAGGUUUUGGUCGAUUACAACAGUGAUUUAUCACGGCAAACUGCGAGUCCUGCAGUAGAGCAUUUCUUCACCGCAGUCCUAUUGGGCUUAUACGAGCUUGUAGCAAGUGACAAUGCCUCUCCCACCAAGCAUCUAGUACAUGUUCGGGGGCUCGCGUCCAUUCUGUCAAGAGGCAUCACAUACUCGGCACCAGAAUCCAAAGUCGGCGUAUAUACUCCCGGAACGCGCCUUGUCACAAAAGGCAUUCUGACUAAUCAAAAUGGCACUGGUAUUCUGUGCCCUCCUCUUGAUGACACCUAUCGUCGAUCUCUAGAUGACAUUAUCAUCGAGAUGUCGCCUCUGACAAGUAGAGCGGAGAAGCUGCUCUCUGAUCCCUCUCCUCCCGUGUUGGAGCUUUUGGAGCUGCAGAAAGACUUGUUGGCAAUUGACGAUGAGAUCACGUACUGGGCCUAUGACCGCCCCCCUAGCUGGAAUCCAGAAGUGGUCGGUGAAGUCUGGAUGGAUCCAGCAAUAUCAGAGGAGGCCACAUUCAAUUUUGCCGGUCCAGUUGAGAAGUACUUUGAUAUAUACGUUGCAACCGCAUGGAAUUCAUGGCGUUCAAUACACGUCAUCUAUCUUGAUCACCUCAUACAUAUUGCCAAUUCACUUGGACAAUACGAGCUUGCUCCUCUAUAUAAAGAACGAAUUGAUGAAUUGGCAGCGAGUAUCAAGGCAUCCAUUCCAUUCCAUCUAUGUCACGACGUUGAGACCUACAUCCAGCAGGCAAAUGCUGGAACUCCCCUUGUUCACUCAGAUCGACUUGUGGGAGGACUUUUACUUCUUCAUCCUAUGUAUGCCCUUGCUCGGUGUACCAUAGUUGAUGACUCAACAAGAAAGUAUAUGUCCAAAACUCUGAGGUGGAUCGGUGAAGAGAUGGGAAUUCGACAUGCGACCAUUCUUGCGAAUGGCCUUCAGCCUGAUAUGCAAGGACCUUCUGCGAUGCAAAGUUCCCAAAUCUCCUUCAUCGACGCACUCGAUGGACAUUUCCUGAUCACCGCGAGUAUGAUGUUAGAGCCUCGAUAG